AUGUCUGAUUUAGCCCCACCAAUUGUUCCUAGCUACAUUCCAUUCGACCACACUUAUAUAUUAUACGAUCCCAAUGACAUAGUUUCAAUAAUAUCCGUGCAAUUUUCGCUUUUGCCCAUUUAUAUCAUGGUUUUUUAUCUACUGUGGUUUCUUGUCACACGCGAGAUCGAACCAGUUAUUGUUGUCGGUGGCCAUCUUUGUUCCGAAAUAUUGAACAAAAUCUUGAAAAAAAUAUUAAAGAGUCCUCGCCCCGAUUUUCAUAAGGAGUUUGGCAACGCUCUUGGCAAGGCCCUUAGUAGUGGUAGUGGUAUUGGGGCAGGGAAGCAGAGCAUCUUGAGCUACGGAAUGCCUAGUGCUCAUUCUCAAUUUGUAGGGUUUUUAGCAGCAUAUUAUUCGUGUGUUAUCAUUUUCAGAAUUGAGCAUUUCAAAAAAUGGCAGAAGCAGACGUCGUGUGCCCUAUUGCUGUGUAUGGCAGUUGAGGUUGCCAGUUCGAGAGUUUAUUUGCAAUACCAUACAUGGCAACAGGUUGUAGUUGGUGUUGUUGUUGGUAAUGUUUUUGGUUUAUUGUACUUUAUUGUAAGUAUGACAGCUAGAGAUAUAGGGCUUGUCGACUGGGUAUUGAACUGGCCAAUAGUCAAGCUAUUCUAUGUCAAGGAUUCAUACUUUCAUUGCUAUCAAUCAUUUCGAGAUGAAUAUGAAGCUUACAUUGACCAGAAAAGUAAAAGCAGACAAUUUGAAUCGGUUGAUCAAAAAGAAGAGGGAAAAAAGACAAGAUAA